GUCAAUUUCACACAAAUAUAAUGAAAACAAAACUCAUUAAUUGUAAUCAAAGUAAACACCUUGUUAAGUUUUACUCCAACUCUAGUAAUAAUAGUAAUAAUAAUAGUUAUAAUAAUAAUAAUAAUAACGAUAACAGCGGUGGUAGUGAUGGACACAACUAUUGGUCCGGUUUUGAUGUCUUAAGACCGGAGCCGUCGAUGUCUGCGACGGGCGGUCACCGCAAGACUGGCGACCAUCUGUUCAUCCAAUCGUUGUAUAAGUUUCAAGACUCGGAUGACUCGACACUGAGGCUAAUGUCCGAUCCGUUAGCCGCCGAUGAGAUGUCUUCGACGACCGGCGAGAUUGUGGACCAACUGUACAGACAAUCGCAGCACUGGUUUAACCACAACAACAGCGGCGAUGAUAGUAAUGAUGGCAGUAAUGGUGACCACCGGAGGGACGACUGGUUUGACGUACUCUCCAAAGCGGAACAAGUGGUGAAAUAUCCGACAAGUUUUCUGAACCUCCGGUUCCUCCUGAAGGAUGAGAUCAGUUACUUAGCCAUCCAUUUGAAGCGAUUGAUUGAUACGAAACACCCGUUACUCCAGACGGCAAAAUCGAUACUAAGUGCGAAUCAACAGAUCCGUGGUUUAGUGGUACUCCUGGUGUCAAAGGCCUACUCGUAUCCCAAACACAUUAUAGAUAAUUACGAUUCGGAGACCAAUCGGUUGCAACUCUUAACCAAUUGUCAGCGAAAGUUGGCUGAGAUUACAGAUAUGGUUCACGUGUCGCAGGUCUUACACCGAGGGGUUGUCGAUCUGUCCAUUAGUUCCAGCGCUGAUGAUGGCAUCGAUGCUAAA